CACAUAGAGCUGAUGGUCUCUGCGUGAAGGAGCUACGCAAAGGGGACCGGAUUCCAUGCCAACAACAACAACAACAGCAGCAGCAAUGGCAGAAGCAGAGAUGCGUCAGAGGCUACUGUGCACCGUCAAGAAGGAGGUGAAGCAGAUCAUGGAGGAGGCUGUCACCAGGAAGUUUGUACAUGAAGACAGCAGCCACAUUGUCUCGUUUUGUGCUGCGGUGGAGGCUUGCGUUCUACAUGGGCUUAAGCGGCGAGCGGCGGGAUUCCUGCGUAGCAAUAAAAUAGCAGCACUCUUCAUGAAGGUGGGGAAGAGCUUCACCCCGGCAGAGGAGCUGUGCAGGAAGGCUCAGGAGCUGGAACAGAUCAUCGAGAGCAAGCGGAACCAAAGCAUGCCCAACCAGGACAGCGUACGGAGACUGCCCCGGCUGUCAAGCCUCAGCCCGCAGGUGGUCAGAAACCUGUGGAUCCGCACGGCCCUCUUCGAGAAGAUGCUGGACAAGAUUGUGCUCUACCUCGUGGAGAACAGCAGUAAAUUCUACGAAAAAGAGGCCAUUCUGAUGGAUCCGGUGGACGGACCCAUUCUGGCCUCUUUGUUAGUGGGGCCCUGUGCCUUGGAGUACACGAAGAUGAAAACGGCGGACCACUUCUGGACAGACCCCUCAGCAGACGAGCUGGUCCAGAGACACCGCAUCCACAGUGGUCACUGCAGACAGGACUCCCCCACCAAGAGGCCUGCCCUUUGUAUCCAGAAGAGACAUUCAAGUAGCAGCAUUGAUGAGCGGCCUUCCCCCUCGCCUUCAGCCCGGGACUAUGUGGAGUCACUGCACCAAAACAACAGAGCCACCCUGCUGUUUGGAAAGAACAACGUGCUGGUGCAGCCGAGGGAUGACAUGGAGGCUAUCCCAGGAUACCUUUCUCUCCACCAGACCGCCGACAUCAUGACGCUGAAGUGGACGCCCAAUCAGCUGAUGAAUGGCUCUGUGGGAGACCUGGACUAUGAGCACAGUGUGUACUGGGAUUACGCUAUGACCAUCCGUCUGGAGGAAAUUGUUUAUUUGCACUGUCAUCAGCAGGUGGACAGCGGGGGCACGGUUGUGCUGGUGAGCCAGGACGGCAUCCAGAGACCCCCGCUGCGCUUCCCUAGAGGGGGGCAUCUGCUCCAGUUCCUCUCCUGCCUGGAGAAUGGCCUCUUGCCCCAUGGCCAGCUGGAUCCUCCGCUCUGGUCCCAGAGAGGAAAGGGGAAGGUGUUCCCUAAACUGAGAAACAAGUGUUCACAGGGCUCCUCGGACUCGGUGUCUGAUAAGGAGGAGGAUGAGGCCACAGACUAUGUCUUCCGCAUCCUGUUCCCCAACAGCCAAUCAGAGUUUGUGACUAUAACACACCCUCCCCGUGUUCCCCCGGGGGCUCCUCUCCUGUCCCGCUCCUUCUCCCUCCAUCUGAGAGGAAAGCCCCCGACCAAAGGGAUCUUGGUGGUCCCUAAGCGCUCCUGCAGCUAUUCCAGAGACCACUCCUCAACCACCACAGGGAACAGCUUGGCUCCAGAGCUGAUGGACCAGGGGGCCAACAUCUGGCAGCCCAUCCCCAGGAAGUCCUCCUACUCAUCCUGUACCCAGGGCAGCUUCUCAGAUGGAGGACCCCCCAACGGUUGCAACCAUGACAGAGCCCCUUUGAAGCUGCUGUGUGACCAAAUGAAGUAUCAGAUAAUCUCCCGGGCGUUCUAUGGCUGGCUAGCUUAUUGUCGUCAACUGUCCACUGUACGUACACACCUCUCGGCCCUGGUCAACCACACUAUCGUGGCACCCGAUGUGCCCUGCGAUGCCUUCACGGGCCUCACCACUGAGGUGUGGCAGAGGUUCCUUCAAGACUGCACUGCCUAUAACGAGCAGGAGCUGCUGCGCCUGGUCUACUUCGGCGGUGUUGAUCCUUCGCUGCGUAAGGAGGUGUGGCCCUUCCUCCUGGGCCACUACCAGUUUGGCAUGUCUGAGUCUGACAGGAAAGAGGUGGAUGAGCAGGUGCGGGCGUGCUACGAGCAGACCAUGAGCGAGUGGCUGGGCUGCGAGGCCAUCGUGCGGCAGCGGGAGAAGGAGCAGCAUGCAGCGGCGCUGGCUAAGUGCUUGUCUGUCUCGGCCAGCGUGGAUAAUCCCAACCCUGUCCAGAGGAUGCUGCACCAUGACUCCAGCAUCAGCAAUGAGUCCUCCCGGAGCUGCAGCUCAGACAGACAGAGCCUGGCUCGCCUGCAGAGUGACUCCAGCAGCAGCACCCAGGUGUUUGAGUCUGUGGAGGAGGUGGAUCAGAUCGAGACCGAGCCCAAGAGCAAAGAGGCCAAGCAGGUGCCCAAGAUCCCCAAUGGAGGAGCCCUGCCCAAUGGGACCAGCUCCCCAGACUCGGGGCACCCCUCCUCUCGCAACUUCUCAGUCACCUCGGGCCUGUCAGACCGCUCUCUGAGCACAGAGGACAGCACUGCACCUGACACCACCCCUAAAAACAUCACCAGCACUCCUCCACAGUUGGCCCCAGCCCCACAGAGCCCAGUCAAAGCCCAUGAGGAAGAGUUGGAGGCAGAUAGCCCAAAAGCCCAACCCCCGGCCCUGCAGGAGGAGAAGGACCUCCAGGCCAAGGACCCACCAGAGAAGGAGGAAAAAGAGAGUGCGACCGAAGUGACCCAGGAGAUUGAGGGCAAUGAGACAGAAGUGCCAGAUAUAGAAAUAGACAAAAAUACAGUGACAGUAGAGCCAGUAGAAACAGAAAUGCCAGAAGUAGAAAUUGACAAGAAGACAGAGGUGCUAGAGAUUGAAAUGGACAAAAAAACAGAGACAAGGGAGGACAAGGCAGCAGACUUAGGUGCGUUACAGAGCCAGAAAAUAGAGGAAGAAAAUACACCCGUGACUGGACCUGCCGAGAAAGAAGAGGUAAGGAUCAAUGAAAAGGGGGACAUUGAGUUGCCGAAAGCAGAAGUGGAUGCUGUAGAAGAAACGGUGAAGUCCAAAACAGAUGAGUUCAAAACAACAGAGGCUAAAGAGCCUGAGACAGAAGUGGUGAAAAUGUUGGAUGGAGAGCCAACCAUGCGAGCAGACACAGAGGAGUUGCAGUCACUGGAAGCAGAGACAUUGAAAACUCAAGAGUCAAGAGAAACAGAGGACGAAGGAUCAGAACCAGAGUCUGUAGAUCCAGAAGAGAAUGAAACAUCCCAAACAAACCAUAGAGAGCCAAAAGAGGAGAAGGCAUUGGCAUCAACAAUGACUGCAGAAGCAAUGGAGGACAAGACAUCAGAAUUCGAGGUUGAGCGAACUUCAGAGGCUGGAGAAACAAAGAGUGCUGAAACAUCGGAAGUAAAGGAAGCCGAAAGAAAGACUAUGAAAAAGACAGAAACUGAGAAAGAAGUAGAAGCCAAUGAGACUUUAAAAUUUGAAGAGGUAACCGAAACAAAGGGGGUUAAGACUAUGUCACACGAAGAAGUUGCAGAGGAAAAUGUGGAGGACAUUACAAAAUCUAAGGAAGUGGGAAAAAGCGAGGAGGAGACCAAGUGGUCAGCGAUGGAGAAGAAUACAAGCCCCGUAGCAGACACCAGGGUGGCAAGGGCAAUGGAAGCAUUUGGUAGCACCACCCAGAGUGAGGAGGCUCUGGCCACCACGGAAUCUGAGGAGUCUCCUUCAGCCAUUGAGAUGGCAAACGUCUCCAUUACCCCACUGUGGGACCGGAUUGGUCCGUGCGACAGUUCCGGGGUCGGGGCUGCUCUCUCUGAGGGCUCAGUCCCCCAUCUGGAGCUCCAACUGGAGGAGGAGCAGUGCAAAACCAGCCCAGAGGGCACAGAGUUAAACUUGUCCGAGGAGCCUGAGAUGGAGAGCAUCUUCCCACAAUUUGACUCCCUGACCGUGGGCAGAGAGCUGACAAACGAGGACAUCUCUCCAGUGUCAUCCAUCGGAACCACCUAUUCUCAAGAGCUUUUGGACAUGUACACGAUGAACCUGCACCGCAUUGAGAAGGAUGUCCAGAGGUGUGACAGGAACUACUGGUACUUUACCCCUGCCAACCUGGAGAAACUGCGCAACAUCAUGUGCAGCUAUAUCUGGCAGCACCUGGAGAUUGGCUAUGUGCAGGGCAUGUGUGACCUGCUGGCUCCCCUCCUUGUCAUUCUGGAUGAUGAGGCCAUGGCCUUCAGCUGUUUCACUGAGCUCAUGAAGCGGAUGAAUCAGAACUUCCCCCAUGGCGGUGGCAUGGACACUCAAUUUGCCAACAUGCGCUCUCUCAUCCAGAUCCUGGAUUCUGAGCUCUUUGAGCUCAUGCACCAAAAUGGCGACUACACCCACUUCUACUUCUGCUACCGAUGGUUCCUUCUAGACUUAAAGCGUGAGCUGGUGUAUGACGAUGUGUUUGCGGUGUGGGAAACCAUCUGGGCAGCAAAGUACGCCUCCUCUGGCCACUUUGUCCUCUUCAUCGCUCUGGCACUGGUGGAGGUCUACCGGGACAUCAUUCUGGAGAACAACAUGGACUUCACCGACAUCAUUAAGUUUUUCAACGAAAUGGCUGAGCAUCACAACAGCAAGCAGAUCCUGACACUGGCCCGGGAACUGGUGUGCAAGGUGCAGACUCUCAUUGAGAACAAGUGAUCUCCAGGAGUCAUCCACUUCUCUUCCUCAACAGUCUUUCUCAAACAUAGAGAUAGAUAGAGGACUCAUAUUUGUAUCUGUUCUAUCUGUUCUGUGACAGCAUGGGCAGUGCCGUUGAGGCCAUCUCCAUUUGAAAGUAGUCAAUUUUCUUCUUUACGAUUGGCUGAUCCCUCCUGAUGACAUGGUGCUGCCCAUGCUAAAACAGCGUUUUGGCUAAUAGAGACCUCUAUCAUUCUCUAUGGUCAGUUUGAACAGCUGCAACCGAACAGAGAGAUCAGGGUCCAGUUCAUUAGGCACCAAAUGGAAUAAAACAGACGUAGGGAGGCACUACUUAGACUAGUCCUAUAAGAAACUGUCAAUUUCAUUUUCAGUCACAAAAUGUUUUCAAUUGCGUGCCUUGAUGAACAUGACUGAGAUGUGCUCCACUUUUCACUGCCUUCUCCUUAUCUAUGUAAUACCAGCCGGUACUCUGUCAUUUCAGGUCAUGUCAUGGAACACCAAGGGAAGGGUCACUUUUACCUCCAGUUAUUCUGUCAGGGAAACAGUUUGAUUUAUUUUUAAUUGUUAACUGUGACAUAUACUUAGUCAUCAUAGGAUGUAUGUGGUAUGCCUUGUAGACACUGGCCUGUCUUGAUUGAAGUGGGGUUAGAAUUAGAGGUCGACCGAUUAAUCGGAAUGGCCGAUUUCAAGUUUUCAUAACAAUCGGAAAUCUAUUUUUGGGCCCGAUUUUAAAAAAAAAUAUAUAUAUUUUUUUUUAAAUUGUUUUAUACCUUUAUUUAACUAGGCAAGUCAGUCAAGAACACAUUUUUAUUUUCAAUGACGGCCUAGGAACGGUGGGUUAACUGCCUCGUUCAGGGGCAGAACGACAGAUUUUCACCUAGUCAGCUCGGGGGAUCCAAUCUUGCAACAUUACAGUUAACUAGUCCAACGCAAUCAACGACCUGCCUCUCUCUCGUUGCACUCCACAAAGAGACUGCCUGUUAUGCGAAUGCAGUAAGCCGCUAGAUAGCAUUAAACUUAGCUUAUAAAAAACAAGUAUUAAACUUAGCUUAUAAAAAAACAAUCAAUCAUAAUCACUAGUUAACUACACAUGGUUGAUGAUAUUACUAGAUAUUAUCUAGCGUGUCUUGCGUUGCAUACAAUCUGACUGAGCAUACAAGUAUCUAAGUAUCUGACUGAGCGGUGGUAGGCAGAAGCAGGUGCGUAAACAUUCAUUCAAACAGCACUUUCGUGCGUUUUGCCAACAGCUCUUUGUUGUGCGUCAAGCAUUGCGCUGUUUAUGACUUCAAGCCUAUCAACUCCUGAGAUGUGGCUGGUGUAACCGAAGUGAAAUGGCUAGCUAGUUAGCGCGCACUAAUAGCGUUUCAAACGUUACUCACUCUGAGCCUUCUAGUAGUUGUUCCCCUUGCUCUGCAUGGGUAAAGCUGCUUCGAUGGUGGCUAUACUGUUACACUGGCAAUACUAAAGUGCCUAUAAGAACAUCCAAUAGUCAAAGGUUAAUGAAAUACAAAUGGUAUAGAGGGAAAUAGUCCUAUAAUUCCUAUAAUAACUACAACUUAAAACUUCUUACCUGGGAAUAUUGAAGACUCAUGUUAAAAGGAACCACCAGCUUUCAUAUGUUCUGAGCAAGGAACUGAAACAUAAGCUUUCUUACAUAGCACAUAUUGCACUUUUACUUUCUUCUCCAACACUUUGUUUUUGCAUUAUUUAAACCAAAUUGAGCAUGUUUCAUUAUUUACUUGAGGAUAAAUUGAUUUUAUUGGUGUAUUAUAUUAAGUUAAAAUAAGUGUUCAUUCAGUAUUGUUGUAAUUGUCAUUAUUACAAAUACAUUUUUUUCUUCUUUUUUUUU